GUGCCAGCUGCUUUGAUCUGUUGUGGACAUUUGAGGGGAAAUCACGUGCUUUGCAGGACAGAGUAAAGGUGCAAAUGGUGAAAGAUCAUCUCUGCAGUGGAUUGAGAUUCAGUAGGUUUGCUCUCGGCUCUGUAGUAUUUAGCCUACUUCGUUCCACGGGAAGCGCUGGCUCGCACCGAUAUUUCAGCUCGCUGUGGAUUGUGGGAGACGAGGACAUUGCCAAGGCUUGUUACCAGAGAACCGGAGACAUUUUCCCUUGCUGUGCCCUGUUUUAGCCUGACCGUAGUAGCAGUCUCAGUGCCAUGUCUAGCCGAGGAGGAAAGAAGAAGUCGACCAAGACAUCACGGUCUACCAAGGCCGGGGUCAUUUUCCCUGUGGGCCGUAUGCUGCGCUACAUCAAGAGAGGCCUGCCCAAGUAUCGCAUUGGUGUGGGAGCCCCUGUCUAUUUGGCUGCCGUCCUUGAAUAUCUCACUGCUGAAAUCCUGGAGUUAGCUGGUAAUGCAGCAAGAGACAACAAGAAAGGCCGGGUCACACCACGUCAUAUCCUGCUGGCCAUUGCUAAUGAUGAGGAGUUAAACCAGUUGCUGAAAGGUGUGACCAUAGCAGCAGGUGGAGUCCUGCCCAACAUCCACCCGGAGCUGCUGGCAAAGAAGAGAGGAGCAAAGGGCAAACUGGAGGCACCUGUCUCACCUGCACCAGAGAAGAAACCCAAGUCGGCUAAGAAACCAGCAGCCAAAAAACUGAGCGGGAAAAAGGCUGGAGGGAAGGCUAAGAAACAGGGUGAGGUGAGUAAGGCAGCGUCGGCAGACAGCACCACAGAGGGAACUCCAGCUGACAGCUUCACCGUGCUCUCCACCAAGAGCCUCUUCCUAGGUCAAAAGCUCAACCUUAUCCACAGCGAGGUCAGUAACUUGGCUGGCUUUGAUGUGGAGGGGGUCAUCAACCCCACCAAUGCUGAACUUGAACUUAAAGAUGAUCUAGGCAGCGCUCUGGAAAAGAAAGGAGGGAAAGAGUUUACAGAAGCGCUGCAGGAGCUCAAGAAGAAGAAUGGUCCUCUUGAGGUGGCUGGUGCCGUGUUGACUGCUGGCUAUGGUUUGCCUGCUAAGUACGUCAUCCAUUGUAACAGUCCAGGUUGGGGCUCUGACAAGUGUGAGGAGAUGUUGGACAAGACAGUGAGGAACUGCCUGGCUCUGGCUGACGAGAAGAAACUCAAGUCUGUGGCGUUCCCCUCCAUCGGAAGUGGAAGGAAUGGUUUCCCAAAGCAGACAGCGGCCCAGCUUAUCCUGAAGGCCAUCUCCAGUUACUUUGUGGCCACCAUGUCUUCCACCAUCAAGACAGUCUACUUUGUGCUGUUCGACAGCGAGAGCAUCGGGAUCUAUGUGCAGGAAAUGGCCAAGUUGGAGACGAGCUAAAAGUAGUCAGUCCCUUUAUUCCCCCUCACCCCAAUUUUUCGUGAAAGGAAAAAGGAAGGCAUUUGCCAGUGAUCUGUUAAAUAUGAAGAACAAGAAGAAUCAUCUUUCCUAAGGCUGGGAACUUGUUCUUUCAUUAUGUUUGUAUUUUUCCUUUGUUUUUAAUUUCUUAUUAACUCUUCGCCUCUGUUAAAUGCAUUGUUCAUUCUGCGUUAUUUAAUGCAAACAGUGCAUCUCAAAAACACAUAAAGGAUAUUAUGAGAGAUAGCUACUCCUCAAUUUUAAGACUUUCAGAGAAGUCCGAUUAAUACGGGUUAAUGCAUGUAAUGAUGGUAAAGCUAGUAAAGACAGCUCUUCUCUUUGUUUUGAUCUGAAAAACAAGACACAUUUCAGUGUAUUUUUUGCUAUCUGUUCUACAUUUUGGAACAUCUACGUAGUCAUUAGUACUGUAAACUGAGAAGUUACAGUUUAAAGGAAAGCUCUGUUCGAUCUACUUUUCAUUUUAGUGUUGUGUGUUGGAAAUUCCGUAUUUUUUUGCCUUUGUUUACAUGGGCAAAAAAAAUUUGUGUCCUGCAAAGACCUACAGUUUCCAAAAGAAAAAAAUUAAAUCACUUACAUUAAUUUCCAUAUACACUGAGCUGAUACACCUCUUCCAUCAAAAGUUGACUGACAUUUCUGCAUGAAAUAUUGGAGAUUGGAGGUUUUUGCAGAGCACUGAUGGUUUAUAUCGUGUGUUUUAUUGAUGUUUAUAUAGAUGGAGUAUUUGUGAAAUGUUAUGAUAAAAUAUUGGACUGUAACAGAUUUUUAUUUUCUGUUUUAGUUUUUUUUUUUUUUUGCAUCAAUUCUAAAAAGGCACAGGGAGCAAAAAAUAAUAUUGUGAGAGUUUUUUUUGUGUGUUUUGUCUUUGUUGAAGUCAUACAAAUUCCUGUAAUCGGUCAUGUUUUACUGGAUCCUGCUGUUCACUUUGGGCUUUGGUCUUUGGUUCAGCUACCACUAGAUGGCAACCUGUGAUCAAGGAUUGGAUUUGGUCAUCUCAGCCAUUUUCUGUGCUGCAGUAGUGCUGUUUUCGCAAACUGAUGGUGGUCAAUUUUUGAUUUGGAUUUGAAUUGGAACUGAUGGAUUUACACAAGGAAUCUGACUGUGCUGCUGCAUUUGGACUUUUCAACAGCCUAACUUUCUUAUGAAAAAAAAGUAAAACGCUUUCUAAGGAAUUGCUACAAUUGAUGAUUCUACAAAAAUGUCUCUACACACUCCAGUAAUAAAAUAUCUAUAAAAACUUAAUGUUGUUCCUUAUAACAUUAUGACAUCAUUCAAGGUUUUAGGCAGCUUUCAGGAUGCUGCCAGAAAUGGUGGGCGUGUUAAAAGUGUGAGUGUGAAGUUGUAUUGCAAGAGAAACCAUUGUCCUCCCAGGAAACAAGUGUGUGUUGAAUGCAAUAAUAAAUCCAUCACCACACUAUUUAAGUUAGGAUAAUAUGAAGUGUUGCAGAGCGAAUGGCAGAAGGAUGGUAUGCUUUAUUUAUGUGAUUUGACCGAGGGCCACAUUGAGCUUCAGGAUUCAGGCUCAGUCUCAACAAGUCCUGUGUGUGUGUGUGUGUGUGAGAGAUCCUGAGCUGUACUGUACUUCUGAUGACCAUAUGACAUCUAAGAAUGACACAAGGGACUUUUGUAUCUUUCCUGUGAUUAUCUUGGUGCUAGCUUUGGCCUGUUUUAAAAAAAAAAAUAAAAAAAAAAUAAAGGAAAUAAAAUACCCAAGUAUUGUAAAUAUUAGUAGGUGUUGGAAACAAUACAAACAGAAAAAAAUCAUUUUAAUCAACUCCCCGUGAAUGUCAGAGUAAAUAUGAGUCUAUUUAAUUACAUCCAUCUACAUAUGGUUCUGGUGGCUCUUAUGCAAUUGAUUGACAUUAUCAAAAGCAGCUGUUGUGGACUCUUUGUGCAAUGUCAAUGCCUUCAAAUGAUAGUCCUGAAUUAUUGUUUGAAAGGAUAAUUCAUGUAAACCAGUGGUUUUCAAAGUGGAGCCCAAGGAGCUUUUGGGGUCCUCAACCCACUGCAAAUUUACUUGCUAUAAAUUAUUAAAAAAAAAAAAAAAAAAAAAA